GGGUCACGUGACCGUGUCCUCAGGCAGGGCCCGCGGUGGCGCGCGCAGCUCCGCUGUCCCCGCCAUGGCCGGCUACGGGGCCCCGGGGCCCCUACCCGGGCCGAGCGGCCCCGGCUCCGCGCUGGAGGAGGAGGAGGAGGAUGAAGAUCCGUCCCUGGGCUGCGACGGCGACCUGGAGGUGAACCCCUACGACGGGCUGCCCUUCUCCUCCCGGUACUACGAGCUGCUGCGGCAGCGCCGGGAGCUGCCGGUGUGGACCACCAAGUACAGCUUCAUGGAACACCUGGAGGGCAACAGCGGCAUCGUGCUGGUGUCCGGGGCCCCCGGUACCGGCAAGAGCACACAGAUCCCUCAGUGGUGCGCCGAGUACGCCCUGUCCAUGCGGUUCGCCCACGGGCUGGUGGCCUGCACCCAGCCCCACAGCCUGGCCGCCCUCAGCCUCUCCCUGCGCGUGGCCGAUGAGAUGGACCUGAACCUGGGCCACGAGGUGGGCUACUGCGUGCCCCACGAGGACUGCUGCACCGCCGAAACCAUCCUCAGGUUCUGCUCAGACGAGAUGCUGCUGCGGGAGAUGACGUCGGACCCGCUGCUGCGGCAGUACGGGGUGGUGGUGCUGGACGAGGUGCAGGAGCGCACGGUGCCCACGGACGCUCUGCUGGGGCUGCUCAAGGACGUGCUGCUCCAGCGCCCGGCCCUGCGGCUGGUGGUGGUCACCUCGCCCGCCCUGGAGCCGCGGCUGCGCGCCUUCUGCGGGGACCCCCCCGUGGUGCGGGUCCCGGGGCACGGCUCCCUGCCACAGCUGCUCUACCGGGAGCCGCCAGCCCACGGGAGCGUGGCUGCUGCCUGUCAGGCCGUGCUGGACAUCCACCGGCGCCAGGAGCCCGGCCACAUCCUCGUCUUCCUGGCCAGCGAGCAGGAGAUCUCCGAGUGCUGCGCUGCCAUCCAGAGGGAGGCCACGGCGCUGAGCCCGGAGCUGGGCCCGCUGCUGGUGCUGCCGCUGCACCCCGGGCUGGGCCGGGCCGUGCAGCGACUCUACGAGACCCCCGAGGAGAGCCGGGAGCGGCGUGUCAUCGUCACCCACUGGCUUGGGGACUCGUCCUUCUCGCUGGGCACCGUGCGCUUCAUCAUCGACUCGGGGCUGGAGCUGCGCAGCGUGUACAACCCCCGAAUCCGCGCCGAGUCCCAGGUGCUGCGGCCCAUCAGCCGGAGCCAGGCCGAGUCCCGCAUGCAGCGAGCCGCUGGCAGCCCCCCAGGCACCUGCCUGCGCCUCUACUCGGAGGCCUUUGAGCAGCGCCUGCCCCCCAGCCCUGCGCCCCACGUCAGCGAGACCAGCCUGAGCCGCCUCGUGCUGCUGCUGAAGCGCCUGGACAUCGCCGACAUGGGCCAGUGUGACUUCCUUGACCGCCCAGCCCCCGAGUCGCUGAUGCAAGCGCUGGAGGACCUGGACUACCUGGCAGCCCUGGAUGACGACGGGAACCUGUCGGAGGUGGGGAUCAUCAUGUCGGAGUUCCCGCUGGACCCGCAGCUGGCCAAGGCCCUCAUCGCCUCCUGCGAGUUCGACUGCGUGGAGGAGAUGGUCAGCCUGGCUGCCAUGCUCACAGCAUCCCCCUGCUUCGUGCCCCUGUCCACGCACCUGGAGGAGGCUGUGGCCCUGCGCCGGCGGGCACUGCUGCACCCCAGCGGGGACCACUUCACCCUCAUCAACAUCUUCAAUGCCUUCCAGCAGCAUGCAGGGGAUGAGGGCUGGUGCCGGAAGCACGGGGUGUGCGCCGAGGCUCUGCGCCUGGCGGGCACCGUGCGCGCGGAGCUGCUCGAGGUCAUGCGCCGCAUCGAGCUCCCGGUCUCGCCACCCGCCUUCGGCUCCGACGCCAACGCCCUCAACAUCCAGCGGGCCCUCAUCUCCGGGUACUUCCUCAAGGUGGGCCCAGGGGGCUGCGGGGAGUUGUGGGGGAGCUGUGGGGGUGCAGCAACCACCUCAUUCCCUCCCGGUCCCUCCCAGGUCGCCCGAGACAUCGACGGCUCCGGCAACUACGUGAUGCUGACGCACAAGCACGUGGCGCACCUGGCCCCCGCCUGCGGGUACCUGCUGCGGCCACCCCCGCGCCGCCUGCCCCCCUGGGUGCUCUACCACGAGUUCACCAUCUCUCAGGACAACUGCCUGCGCGUGGUCUCAGAGAUCCAGCCCCAAAUGCUGGUGGAGUUGGCCCCGCAGUACUACCUGAGCAACCUGCCGCCCAGCGAGGGCCGGGACCUGCUGAUGGAGCUGCGGGAGAAGGUGGUGGCAGCGGAGGACGCGCCGGCAGAGCCGGAGCUGGCAGAGGCGGCCGGACACGAGAAUGAGCAGGGGGACGUCUGCGUCCUGCAGUGAAGCGGAGCAGCGGAGCCCCGCGGUGGGGCUGCCUGCGCUUGGCCAUGACCCCGGGGACAGGGGAGCCCCGGGGAGGCCCCAGGGGGGCCGUGCGGCUGCAGGGGCUGUCCCAGGUCCCAGGGAGGCGCGGGCACUGCCUGGCACUGCCUCGGUGCUGCGCCGCGGUUCAGUCGUGGGCCAGCGGCCGUGGGACCGCCCCGGCACCUCAGAGCGUGGAUUGGGGAGCGCUGGCCCCGGCCGGGGGAGUCAUGUGGGCCCUCCCCACUGGGCUCCUUCACCCCGUCUUUCCCGGGGGUGCUGCGGGGCCGGAGGCAUCGCCUGUCCCGCUCCCCCUGCGCCCGGGGCCGAGGGGCCACGCACGGGUCCCUCCUCUAUAAAGUUUUGUGACCUUUGCUCCUGGUUUGGUGUCCA